AUGAAGUUCUCGAGCACAGUACUGGUUCUGUCUGCGUUGGCAUUCUUGGGGAUAGCGACAGCGCGUCCUAACUAUGUCAACAGUAAUGAGCAGAGCUACAAUGGCGGAAACUUCUGCUUGGGUCGACCGUUAGGAAACGAAAUGUUGCUAUAUCAGACAAUAUUUAAUCAUAGAGGCACCAAUAUAAGACUACCAAAGUCAUGGACCCCUCAAGUCAGGUACGCCUUCUUCGGUAAGGUGACCGUUGACAUCGAUCUUCCCAUGAACAGCCGGAGCGUCGGAGGUACCAUCAGCUACAUCGAGGGACUCAACCAGGCCAGGUGUGAAGGAUCCGUCCGAAUCACCAGAGGAGGAGUGGGCUACGAUUAUGUCACCCUCCACUUCGAGGCAAACUACUGGAGCGACAUCAACUUCAACAUUAGGGUGUACGGAUGUUACAAGGGAUAUUGUUAA